GUGGAAGAUCCUAAAACUGUUGAUGAGGAACGACUUCAAAGUGUCCUGCCAUUCCAGACUGUGAAAAUGGAGCCUGAAGACAAAUGGUACCAGAAUGCACAGCGGCUCAAGGAUCACCAAAAAAAGUCCUCCCACAGAAAUAAAAUAAAAUCCAACCCGAGUUUCCAAGGGAGAGCUUUCCCAAGGAAUGAUAGCCAGCAGCCACCCGGAAGACCAGCAGAACUGAAGUCUGGGCACCACAGGCACCACCAAAUAUCAGAAUUUCAGACUGCUCCCAUGCGGGUAGUGGAGCAAGACCACAGCAGCGCACUGCAGAAAUGGCUGUAUCCAAGUCCCUCUGUUGGCCCUGAUGCUAAUACAGCAGCAAAUUCAGGUACUUGCCUAAAAAAUUUUCCGGCAUGUACCAGCAAGGACAACAAGAAACAUCAGCAUGAUUCUCCAAAUGGACUUCCACAUGACCAGCAACAUCUAUACACCCCUGUCACUGUGCAGCUUUUUGCAAGAGAUAGCAGUACCAAUGGUCAAGCACAUCCAAAUCAGAUGACUAUUUCAUCUACUUUUAAUGCCAGUUUUCAAGAAUUGGUGAAGGAUCAAGUAUCACUUCAGGAUUGCAAAAGACACGUUUUUGUGGAUAAAAGGUAUCAGAACCAUGCUAUCAGUAGUUUAUGGCCUUCUCAGUCUUCUGUUCACAGGUCACCAACAGCCCCUUGUACAACCUCCCAGUUUACACAAAUGAUGGAGCAACAUCGCCAAGAAAUCACUCAUUUGACAGAAGCUCAAUUAGCUGACAGGCACUUGUUGAGUCUGCUUCCACCUAUAAUUCCGCAGGCAGAAAGUGAUUCAGAGGUAGAUCCAGAGGGCGGCGAAGGAAGUCAAGUGAAAAUAAGCCGAAGCAACUCAGAGGAAUAUCUCAUGCAAAUGGAAAAGCAAAACCAGCCUAAAGUCAUCAAGAAGCCAUGUAGCUCAAAAGCGUACAUAAAUCUGAAUGUGAAGCUUGGAGGCCUUGGACCUGACUAUGAAACAAUCAAAGAGAAAAAAGAGAAGUUAAAGAAACAAAAAGAAUAUGCAAAGCAAAUUAAGGAACACAAUAUGAAAAGCAUUGCUUCUAUUCAGAGGUUACCUACAAAACCCCAGGUCAUAUCUUCAGUGUCAAGACAGAAGGCACUGGAAUAUGCUAAGAAGAUUCCUAGACCAAAGACUUUCACAGCAAGAAAAUCAUAUGAAGAGGUGAAAGAGAAAAGGGUUCUGCCGCAGACUUUAAAUGGAGACAGUUUACCUCAAAUUGCACCCUUGGAAACUUUGCAAAAUAGACACAAGAAGGAGAAGCAAGUUGUAGCUGCUUUCAGAACCCUUCAUAUCUUAUAA